CGUGACCAGCCGCUAAAUGUGAAACCUCGACGACUUCCUAUCAGCAACAUUACAAUUACAACCUCAACCUUUCCUCGCAAGACGUGAUGUCGUGUGUGUUAUCAAGGCUCAUACAAGAGUGCUGAUUGUCGCCGCCAUGUCCGGUCUCUCACCGUCUGCCUCUGGAUUGCUCCCUAUGCCAGGCGCGCCUUCGUCAUCUUGGGCUGUGUACAAAGCGAGAGCUGCAGCCAUGAUGGGCCAUCAUGAUACGAAGGUGAUUGUAGCCUUUUGGCUUUUUGGCCUCAUCAAUAAUGUCCUCUACGUGAUCAUCCUCUCCGCCGCCCAAGACCUCGUCGGUUCCAUCCCCAAAGGCGUCGUCCUCCUCGCCGAUGUCGUUCCUUCGUUCCUCACCAAGUUGAUCGCACCGUACUUUAUCCACCGAAUACCGUAUCGCAUGCGAGUCCUUAUAUUCAUAGUGCUUUCUGUGGUUGGCAUGCUCAUGGUAGCCCUGACACCGCGCACGCAGUCCGUCACGAUCAAGCUCGUCGGUGUUGUCCUGGCGAGUAUAAGCGCUGGCGGCGGUGAGUUGAGCUUCCUUGGCUUGACGCACUUCUACGGCCCGAUGAGCCUCGCCGGCUGGGGGUCUGGGACUGGUGCUGCAGGUUUGGUCGGUGCAGGCCUCUACGUGAUGUUUACGGACUGGUGGGGAUUGAGCGUGCGUAGCAGUUUGCUAAUCUCGGCGUGUUUCCCUGCGAUUAUGUUUAUCAGCUUCUUCGUGAUAUUGCCGCUUGGACCUCUGAGGGAGGGCACGACUCGAAAGGACUACGAUGCGAUCCCGGAUCUCGAGGAUGAGGAUGUGAACCACAUGGAUCAAGGAACUGCUUCGUCGGCGCUCUUGGCUCCUGGGCCUUCUGUCGCGGCGACUGCAUACUCUGCGCAUAAUACGCAAGACACACUCACGAUGCGAGACAGGUUGAAGAAAGUGAAGGUGUUGUUUGUCCCAUACAUGCUCCCGCUGCUUCUGGUGUACGUGGCCGAGUACACGAUCAACCAAGGAGUUGCACCCACAUUGCUAUUCCCUCUGGACGAGUCGCCGUUCGAUGAGUUUCGAGAUUUCUACCCCAUGUACGGGUUCCUCUACCAACUCGGCGUCUUUAUCUCCCGAUCAUCUACGCCAUUUCUACGUAUCCACCAUUUAUACCUCCCAUCGAUGCUGCAAGUUGCAAACCUUGUACUUCUCACAUUCCACGCCGUAUACUUCUUCCUUCCAUCAGUCUACAUCGUCUUUAUCAUAAUAUUUUGGGAAGGUUUGCUAGGUGGAGGUGUCUACGUCAACUGCUUCGCCGAGAUCAUGGAGAAUGUGCCACCCGAGGAUAGAGAAUUUAGUCUUGGAGCAACGACUGUCAGUGAUAGCGGUGGAAUCUCUAUCGCUGGACUCAUCAGUAUCGUGAUGGAGACGAAGCUUUGUAAUUAUCAAGUGGCGCAUGGAAGGGAUUGGUGCCGUCGUAUUUCUGCACAAGGUCAAUGAUUGUUGGGUUCGUCAGGCGUUUUUCAGCGUUGGGUAGAGCGAGUUUGUAGAUAUCGGUCGGCAUUUGGUAUAGAGAUUCUGUUACAUUCAUUACGUGUCUAUCGCCUCGUUGACGUGAGCUCGACGCGUAACCUGGAGAAACAUGCGUAAUAAGCGAAUACAUUUUCUUUCAUCCAUGUCAUGGUCACUGAUCUCAUUGUCGAUAAGCGAUAUCCCACCUGAACCCGAGCGAGGAGAGUUCAAAAGACUCUGUUCUCGAACGAUUCAGGGGCUUCAAGAUAAGUUUUUAUACUAAAAAGGCCCCCCAGUAAUACUGUCACUGUCAGC